AUGGCAAGCAGUACUGCAGUUACUAGAGACUAUGGAAAGAGGACAGCAAUUAUUACGGGAUCUGCGAGGGGAAUAGGCAAGGCAAUCGCAAUCAGACUGGCCGAGGAUGGUUUCGAUAUUUGUAUAAAUGACAUUGCUGCAAACAAAGCUGGUAUUGAUGAGACGGUAUUAGAGAUUCAGAACAUGGGUCGAUUAUCUUACGGCCACGUCGCAGAUGUUUCCAAACUUGCCGAAGUCGAAGGUUUGAUUGAAGCCUCAGUUCAAAAUCUAGGCAAUCUUAAUGUGAUGAUUGCAAACGCUGGUAUCGCACAAGUGAAGUCUCUCUUAACCCUAUCCGAAUACGAAGUUCGAAGAAUGUUCGAGGUCAAUGUUUUUGGUGUCUUCAACUGUUACAGCUCUGCUGCCAAACAAAUGAUCAAGCAAGGUGGAGGCGGUAAGAUAAUUGGUGCCGCCAGUGUCGUCGCUUUCAAACCAUUCGCCAUGCUUUCCCACUACAGUGCUUCGAAGUUCGCUGUAAGAGGGUUUACUCAAGCCUUUGCCAUGGAAAUGGCCGAACACAAGAUCACUGUCAAUGGGUACGCGCCUGGAAUAGUUGGUACUGCCAUGUGGGAAUUGAUCGACGAGGAACUUGGUAAGACAAGAGGAGUUGAGAAGGGGGACACGAUCAAGAAGUAUACAGAUGAACUUAUCUUACUUGGAAGAACAAGUGUUCCGACAGAUGUGUCGAAAUGUGUUAGCUACCUGGCGAGCCCAGACAGUGAUUACAUGACAGGACAGACUUUGAUUAUUGAUGGUGGAAUCGUUAUGAAUUAA